CAUAAUAUAAGGCCAUAUUACACUCUAUUGGAUGAUAUUUUGCAUCAUUGCAAAACUACGCGCAGCCAGAGGACCCUACAGCUUUUAUGAGCAUGAUAUGUUGUCCGACCUUAAUUGACAAUGGCAAGAUGGAAAAUUCCAUGCAUGUUAAGGCACAAUUUGACAAAGCAUUUCCUAUAUAAAGGUAGCCAGUUUCACUAUGCACAACACAACCAAAGUACCAUACAAAGCUAAGCCUCCAAAAAUUGCUUCAAAUCUGAAAAAGGAAAGGAAGAGCGCGAGGAGAGUUUAGAGACGGUAGAGGAUGGCUCUUGUUGCUGAUGAACUCAAGGCCAAGGCUGAGGUCUACUAUGAUGAUGAGAUCUGCCAGCAAUGCACCAAGCUCCUGCUCAAGGAAGCAGGACUCCCAAAUGGUCUCCUUCCCUUGAAGGACAUAAUGGAGUGUGGCUAUGUUGAGGAAACUGGAUUCGUGUGGCUCAAGCAAAAGAAGAGGAUAGACCAUGUCUUCCAGAGUCUUGGAAGGUUGGUAUCUUAUGGCACUGAGAUCACUGGAUUUGCAGAGAAGGGAAGGAUCAAGAAGGUCAAAGGGAUAAAGACUAGGGAGCUCAUGAUGUGGGUCCCAGUAGAGGAGAUUGCCAUUGAUGAACAAAAAACGGAGAAACUCAUCUGCAAGAGUAUCGCUGGGUUUUCUAAAACCUUCCCGGCAUCAGCUUUCCAGAUCCCAGAGGAGGAGGAGAAGAUUAACUGCGCCAUACCAAAACCAGUGGUACUUAUGGAGAGAGCUCCACAAGUUAUUAAGAACAAAUGAUCCUUCUGCCGUCCAUUGGUCCACAGAUCAUUACCAGCUCUAUGAUCCUAUAUAUUGAAAUAAUGAACUGAUGAUCUACUAUUUGCUUAUGUACUUCAAAAGAUGAUAACCCAAAAGUCCUUCCUAUAUACCGCUUGUGUAUGAUUGCCCUGGUAUCUAUAACCAUGUAAGGCAAUUACACAACUUCCUGUUCUGUACUACAUAGCUCAUGUUCCGCAGUAUGCACCAUAAUACGAAAUUUUAUAAUUAUAUGCUCUUUUGUUUCUCCUAUUGAGAUGCUUUCCUUUUUUUCCAAUUUCAUUUCACUGAAAUAAAUGACA